CCCUCCUACCCUCUGCCGGCUCUUAUAGGGCCUUUCCUGUCAUAUUCACUUUCAGUCUUUUAGAGACGCUCUCACAGAAUCAACUUCCAAAGCAUCAACAUCAACAAACCAACACAAUGACGGCCAAGGCAAUGACUGAAAAAAUCAAGAAGUAUUUGGAAGAAUAUCAGAAUGUCAAACUGGAUAUUGCUAUCACAGGAGAAAGUGGAUCAGGAAAGUCCACAUUUGUUAAUGCCUUCAGGGGGAUAGACAACAGAGAUGAUAGAGCGGCCCCUACUGGUGUGGUGGAAACGACCAUGAAGCCUGAGCCUUACCCCCAUCCUAUAUACCCAAAUGUUACAAUAUGGGAUCUCCCGGGAGUUGGAACCACCACAUUCUCAGCUGAUCAGUACCUGGAGCACGUUGAGUUUAAAAAGUAUGAUUUCUUCAUCGUCGUAUCAGGUGAUCGCUUCUCAGAGAAUGAUGUCAUGCUGGCUCAGGAGAUCAAGAGGAUGGACAAAAAGUUCUACUUUGUCCGCUCUAAGAUUGACGACAAUCUACGUGCUGAAAAAAAGAGCCAGAGGAACUACAAUGAAAAAAAUACACUUCAGCAAAUCAGGGGAUACUGCAUUCAAGAACUUGAAAAACAAGGUUUGGCGUCUUCUCAGGUCUUCCUGGUGUCUAGUUUUCAUCUCCAUUUGUACGACUUCUCAACCAUCCAGGACACCAUGGAGGAAGAGCUUUCUUCACUGAAGAAAUAUGCGCUGACCUUGGCCUUUCCCAACAUCAACCAGAGCAGCAUUAGCAAGAAGAAAGAGGUUUUCAGAUCACAAAUAAUCUACUAUGUUAUUCUGUCUGCAGCUGUAGCAGUUGUACCCAUCCCAGGGUUGUCCUUUUGUGUUGAUUUAGUCGUUCUAGACGGUCUUUUUAAAAGCUAUUUGAUUGGGUUUGGUCUUGACGUAGUGACGCUCAAUAAACUUUCAACUAUAUCAAACAUCCCUUUAGAAGAUUUAAUGGCAGAAUGUAAAUGUACUUUGUCUGGACAAGAAAUCACUGCAACGCUUGUUGUUAAAUUUCUGACUUCUUUUGAACGGAUGGGGAUGACUACGGCAGAGGAAGAUUACUCUAUGAUUUCCAUUCUUGGAGACUGGAUAGCCGCUCGAAGGUCUUUCGUUUUCUUGAAGGAAUUUUUGAAUAGUCUUCUUGAUGGCCUAUUUGAUGAUGCAAUAAAUGUUCAGAAAAAAGUAGGCAUUAGCAAGGAGGAACAAUAGCUUAAACUAAAACAAAUGUUUGAAAAUGCAACAGGGAAAAACUAAUUAAAUUGUCAGUAAUAAAAAGUGUGUUUGUUCAUCUUCUGAUUAUAUUUUUAGUACAGGUGAAACAUGCCGAAAAUCAUUUGGUUAAUUUUUUUUUCAAUGGGCAUGAUAUGUCCAGGCCUGUUUUAUCCACAGCAGGACUAACAGGGCCAGUGCCCAGGUGCCUAUAGCCCCGGGAAGGACCUGGACCCAAAGGGUAUUUUUAAUAUUAAUUAAUAGAUAUUUUAAGACCUCAUUCUUUUGUCCUGUAUGUUAAGGCUAACUAAUUAAUGUCACAGUAAAGUUAAACGUUGCCUGCCGUAUGAAUGUAUUUACCAUAUGCUUAAAGGAAGCCAUUAUCUGGCCCAUGUAUCUCCAUUUACUCCCUUUGACACCCCUGAGAUGAACCCUGGUUAGUUAUACUGACUUAUAUGUUAAAGUGAACUAGUUCAUAUUACAGUCAGGGUCAAACACUGCCUGCUUUUUGAAUGUAUUGCACAAUCGCAUACAGUGGUAUUGUUUUCAAUUGUUCUAUUGCCUGUUUAUGCUCUGAGUAGAAGUGAUGUCAUUGUGCUCAUGCAUGUCUCAUUUUUAUGUUCACCCAUAUAUGUGGUCAAGGUCAUUGUUUCCUUUUGAUUCUACAUGGCACCUCUCAUAAGCACAUGUGGUAUAGCAUGUCUGUUUUAAUUAAUAAGCUGGAUUUUAAUCACAGUAUCUCACUGCUCUACAUAUGAUAUAAUUGUAAUGUUUAAUAUGUAAACUAUUUACUUUGUAUCUACUUGUAUCUACUGAGAAUUUGGAGAAGGAGCAUAAGUGCAUUUACUUAAUGGGGGGAGGUGUCCAAUUUCUAGGCCCGGUGCAUAGGGUGUUGUGAUUGGUCAGGGCAUGCAGGGGGAAUUCAAUCAUUAUAGAAAUAUAACCUGAAUUCUUUGUCAAACCGAUGCGAUUACGUGUUUGCAAGGGACAAUAAAGUAUUUUUCCACCACAACAGUCA